UUCAACUGUGAACAAGCAAAGCGCGGUCCGCGAUCAACAAGGGGAUUUCUACCAAUGCACAAUAAUGGGAUUAAUCUUAAAGAUAUUACUGUACUUGUACCUGUUUGCAGGUGUCCAGUGUGUCCAUCAGAUGUCAUGGCUGCCCUGUCAGUUCAUUGAUGAGAGCGUGUUUGUGAAUGCGGAGAAUCUCCCUGAGACUAAGCUCAUCCACAGAGAGGCCAUGCUGCAGUUUGGUCAAAAAGGAGACGCUCCUCUUAACCCACGAGUCAUCACGUUCCUGGUCACGGGCGGAUCUAAGCUGGACCUGCGGCGGUAUGUGGACGGAGUGGAUGAGGGGGAUUUGGAGUGUGAGGUGCGUAGGUACAGCACAGAGGGCAUGCAUGUGCGCUGGCCCGUCCAGGGGGCCCAGGAGUACAACCGCUGGUUCACCUGCACCGUUAAACACAGCAAGGGCCUGUUCACCGCCACUGGCUUCCUCCGACACCCGUCUGACCAGCCUCCCCCAGGACAGCAGGACUUCCGCCGCUGGCCUGCCAUCCAGGACGGAGAGAUACUCACAACAACAGUUGCCAUGGUCAUUAAAACACAGUCGCCAUCAGUGACAGCAGGCCUGAGCUCCCAACAAAAGCUUCACUGCCAGUUUGCUCUUGACCACAAGGGGCCAAACGUCACCGUGGAGUGGCACUUUCAGUAUCGCGGGGAGAGAAACAAACUCUUCAGCCACAACAGCCGCUCAGGUCAAACCCAGGGGUCUGGUGUUGGGAUGAAGAGCCUUGCAGGCGGGGAUGCUUCCUACAUCCUCCCCUUCGCCAAGAUGAGCAGCGAAGGGAUGUACAUUUGUUCAGUGGCAGUGAAUCCACUGUCCAUCAAUCUGGAUAUAAAUCUGCAUAUCCAAGAGACCCCCCGUGUCUCCCUCAACGUUGGACCCACUCUCGCCCUGCAGGAGGGCGGGGAGCAGAAGGUCAUUUGCGAAGCGGAGAACUAUUACCCUCUGGACGUGGAGAUAGUUUGGUACGAGCAGGACGCGGCGAUGUCCGGCCAGAGGGUCGGCGCUCCCCUCCCCAGGCCGCUCCAGAACGUUCUGCUGUCCAGCCACAAGCACAACAGCGACAAGACGUACUCGGUCUCGGCUUUCUUCUACCUCCAGGCUCGGCUCAGGGACUCGGGGAGACAGUUUACGUGCAGCGUCUCCCACCGGUCCCUGAGGGUGCCCAUCAAAAAGAGCUUCAUCCUGGCUGUUGAAGAGCCAGGCAGCUGGGUGUUUAACCUCAUUGUUGGCAUCAUUGUGGUCACACUGCUGGCCUUUCUGUACGUGAUGGUGAAUUACCUGCACUCAGCAAAAAGGAAAUUAGUGCAGAAGAAACCAUACUGAAGAAACUACCGGUGUCCUGAGCCCAACAUCACAGGCACCAGUGAAGGCAGACUGUCUCCCUCACUCUCUCACUCAUUCAUUUUUAUUUAGACUAUCUUAGAUGUUUGACUUUUGUUUGUUUUGAAAGGUGAGUUUGGGUUUCUGUGAAACUGAAUGGGUUUUUUUUUGUUGUUUAAGAAGUCUUUAUGAUUUUGCUUUGAUUGUGUUCAGACUAAAAACAUGAUGCUGAAGUAAAUCUCUGGGUGAACAGUGAUCGUCACAGUACUACACCGGUGAUAAUGCAACAAUCGCUGGUUAAAGGUACCGUGUGGAGUUUUUGACCAGUAGUAGUGGUUGUUUAAACAAGUGGGUUUGCACGAACAGGCAACAUGGCACACUCUCCUGCCGUGGGUGUGAUGUAAAUCAACGCCUUAACAAAACCAGUGAAGAAGAAGAAGACUGCUAGAGAACAUGGAUGUAAACAAUGUAAUGUUUAAAAUACAUAUGAAACUCUGAAUGUAAGUAUAAAGUUAUUUAUUUUGAAGAAAACUCCACAGAGUGAAUCUGAAACGUCAGAUUUAUUCCUGAAUGUAAUGAAUAGGGCAAUAAUCCUAAAUCUAUAAAUACAAUACACCUACCAGGUGUUGUAAAAAUUACCAUCGAUAUUUAAAUUGUAUAUAUACUUUUAUAAUUACAUUACAAAAUUUCAGCCUGGAUUUCACAAGCAUCAUAGCAUGGGCGACUAAUGACCUUUUAAUGGCUGUUGGCGGUCGUUGUUUUUCUAGACCUUAGCACUGGUCUUUGUUACAGUCAAUCACAACAGAUUGAGGCAGUGUGCCGUUUUAUUAUCAGCUGUAACAUCACGGCAAAACUCGGCACUUACUGCGGCAGGAACUACCACAGAGGUGGUUUGAAGUAUGGCGGACACAUUUUUGUCACUGCUAUAGCAUCAUAAUCGUGCAAGAUACAGUCACAAAACUUUAUAGGUGUGUAGAUGAGAUCAAAAUGAAGAAUGUGUUCGAGGAUGGGUGUGGUGAACAUCAAGAUUAUCUCUGGUUUUCCCUGUGCAUGCUUCCCCUGGGACAUAUUAUCCAUAGAUGUGGUGUUUCGAUUCGUCUUUAUGCCGAUGACACUCAGGUGUAGCUUUCUGUUAGAGCCACUGAUCCUGACAUGCUGAGUUCACUACAUGACUGUGUAUGUGACGUCAAAAAGUGGAAGUCAUAAAAUUUAACUCAAGUCAAUCAGAGACCAUCGGUAACUGGUUCCCAGCACGGAGCAAAUCUGGUUCCCUGUUGGAAAAACAUCAAUUUGCUGCAAACGAUAUUGGCUUCUGGUUUGACAAUCACUGAAGCUUUGAGCAUCACACCACAAAACUUGUGCAGUCUUGUUUUUAUCAUCUUAUUUAAUUUAACCAAUUAUUUCCAAAAUACUAUUUUAUAUUUCAAAGACACAGAGACCAGUUUACACGCCUUCAUCUCCUCAGGCCUCAACUGUUCCAACAGCCUCUUCACCUGCCUCAACCAACAGUCUAUUAACCAGCUCCAGACUGUACUGAACUCAGCCGACAGGUCUUUAACAAGAUCCAACAGAACUGAUCACAUCACACCUGCUCUUUCCCAGGCUCCCUGUGUUUUAGAAUUGGUUUUAAGGUGUUAUGGUUGACUUUUAAGGCUCCUCAUGUCUUAUAUCUGAUCUCUUCGUCGCAUACGAGCCAGUAUGUAGCCUGAGAUCCUCGGGCAGCCAAGCUAUGGAAGAAACUGCCUGAGGAAAUCAGGUCAGCAGAGUCAUAGUCCUCUUUUAAAUCUUAAGGCAAACUUUUAUCUGAGCUUUUCCUGAUUUGACUUGAUUUUUAUUGUUCGCUCUUUGGCUGCCGACACUGUCAUUGGUUUUAUUUUUUUAAUUUGCUUAUUACUCUAUAUAAGUUUUUAUGAUCUGCUUGUUUUGAAGUUGUUGCCUUGUGUGAAGCACUUUGUAAAUAAUACAUAAUAGAUAAUUAUUAAGAUAAAGAUAAAGAUAAUUAUUAUUACAAUUCAUUGAUUCGAAAAAUUAUUAUAUUAUCAAAUUUUUACAUUACUUUUGGCAACAUGUGAAUGAAUAAGUAAGAAAACUGUUUCUCUGAAAUGUCCAAAUGUCCUUUUCUAAGUUAAAUUUUGGACAUAAGUGAAAGAUAAAACCAAAAAUUUUUCACACACACUAACCCUCUUAUUAUCUGUUUUCUCUGGCGAAACAUCAGCAGGAUUCUCCUCUGCUCCACUUUAGCUUUCUUUUAAGACAGUAAUCCCACUCGUACAUAUAAAUAAAGAAAAACUGCUGUAAGACAUUACGUAUCACUUGUAUUGUUGACAUUAGAUUUCACACAAAUAAAAAAAAAA